AUGCUGCUGUCGUCCACCUCCUAUGUGGCCACGGUUGUGACGCUCCUGACACUCUUCCUGAUUGCUCCGCGGCUGGCAGCAUUUGUCUUCCGCUCUGUUUUCAGGUUGUUAGGGUGGCUGUUUUCAAAGAAAUACCAGUGGAAGCGGGAACUAAUCCGUUCUCGGGUAAGGUUUGAUGAGGAGGAGUUUCAGUCAAAAAGGUCAAUCUCUCUGAAACACGAAGACGAUGACUGGGAAAAGGUCGAGACUGCUGGCAUUGGGACUGCCACAAAUGGGGACGCUGCGGGUGAAGAUUGGGAGGGCAUCAUAGGAUUCCUUCAUCCUUUCUGCAAUGCCGGUGGCGGAGGCGAGCGUGUUCUUUGGGCAGCAGUAAGAGCCACGCAGCAACGCUGGCCAAAAGCUAUAUGCGCAAUAUAUACUGGUGAUAUUGACGUGGAUAAAACCACCAUGCUUGACAAGAUCGAAAGCCGUUUCAAUAUCCGCCUCUACCCUCCAACGGUGAUACUCCUAUAUCUAUCAACACGCAGAUAUGUCCUCAGCAACUUGUAUCCACGAUUUACUCUCCUUGGACAGUCCGUGGGAUCAUUGAUCCUUGGAUACGAUGCCUUCCAUCUCCUAAUUCCGGAUAUUCUCAUUGACACUAUGGGAUAUUCAUUCGUCCUUGCGCUCUGCCACUUACUCUUCCCUUCGAUUCCGACUGCAGCAUAUGUCCACUACCCUACAAUAUCGACAGAUAUGCUUGACUCUCUUGACGAUACUUCAGGUACAAAAGGUUUAAAUGCAGGUGCGGGGACCGGCUGGAAAGGAUACGCCAAGCGACGAUAUUGGCAUGCAUUCGCAAAACUCUACGGCUGGGUUGGUGGCACCGUUGAUGUAGUAAUGUGCAACUCAUCCUGGACCUCCGCACACAUCAGCUCCCUCUGGCUCCCCUCUCGGAAAAAACGGCGAGAAUAUAAGGAACCUACCGUCGUAUUCCCCCCUGUAGCGGUGUCAGAGCUAGAAUCAAUCGAAAUAGACCUUGCCCACGAGCGAGAAGCACGCGAACCAAUAAUCCUCUACAUUGCCCAAUUCCGCCCUGAGAAGAACCACUCUCUAAUCCUUCGCGCCUUUGCGCGUUUCCUCAAGGAAUUGAAGAACACGCAGUCCUCCCCUUCCACAUCCUCCUCUAUCAACACAGCCUCCACAAAAUCCCCCCAACUCAUCUUCAUUGGCUCCGUCCGCCACUCCAGCCCCGACGAAACCCACAUCUAUAAUCUCCGCCUGCUCGCCCACGAACUCAAAAUCCGCAACACAACCACCUUCAUCUGCGACGCCACCUGGCCAACGAUCCUCGAUCAUCUGCGCCGCGCCUCCAUCGGUGUAAAUGCCAUGUGGAACGAGCACUUUGGCAUCGGCGUGGUCGAGUACCAGGCGGCUGGUCUGAUUAGCGUCGUGCACAACUCCGGCGGACCCAAGCAGGAUAUUGUGGUUGAUCUGGGCGAGGGCGGGACGGGCUUCCGCGCUACGACGGAGACAGAGUUUGCGGCGGCGUUUGAGGCGGCGCUGGCGCUUCCUGAUGAAGAGAAGGUGGCGAUGAGGAUGCGGGCGAGAGAGUCGGCUAGGAGGUUUGCGGGUGAGGUGUUUGCGGAGAAGUGGGGUGGGGAGAUGGAGAAGUUGAUUGCGUUAGAGAGAAAGAGGCGAACCGGGGAGGGAAAGCAGAAUUAG